CAAACAGAAGCAAUGGUUAUAUACGAUGAAGUUGAGAGUAUACAAAAUAUUGAUGAAUUAAAAAAUGAGCCAGAAAAUGUAAAUGAUGAUAUCUUUGAUGAAUUGAUUAAUCUAACAAAAAACAUACUUAUACUUCUCAAGGAACAAAAGGCUGCUAAAAACGUUCAAUAG